CGCCAUUUCUCCACCUCCCAAGAGCCUCUUCCUGUCUCUUCACUUGUUUGGGGAGAGACUGCUGCAGACCCUCAAGGUCACUAGAGGUGUGGUUUCAGGAGGGGAAAACUGCCUCCUAGACCAGUUCCCAAGCAGGAGAGUGGAGAGGGCAGCACAGCUGGUGAACCCCUUGUGAUCGCACAGAACUUUCAGGGACCGCAAGCUUGACCAUUCCUGAAGGAAAAGUGGACACCAUCACCACUGAGGAGGGUAAUCCAGUUCAGGAGUGGAAGGUGUGACACACCAUCUGGAUUUACAAAUUAACAACAUUCUUGGACUGAGAGCUGGCGAUGGAGGCGGGACCAGACGCUCAGGCAGCCCCACGCAGUGGCCCACUCACCAGCGAACAGCUUGCGGCCAUCGAUGACGAGCAGACCCUUAAUGACAUGCUGGACAAGACCGAGGAUUUUGAGCAGAGGCGAAUGAUUCGUGCUGCACUGAGGGACCUGCUAAAGAGGAAACGAGAACAGCGCGAGCGUGAGCGCGGGUCGAGGCAGAAGGACUUGCGUCAGCAGGGCGUGUGUCCUAGCGGUCCGGCGGGGAGUGCGACUAAAGGCCAGAAGGCUGCUAAUGGCCCCAGCUCUCCCCAGCAGCCACAGCAGAAGACGACAGUCAAAAUAUCAGCACCCUCCUCAUCCCGACCUGGCCCUAAGUCACCAGUCAGUCCAGGCAGCCCGUCCCAAGCUGAGCCCUGUUUCGGGGAGGCUGCCGUCCCCAACAGCAAGCACGUCAAGCAAAUGCUACUGGACUGGUGCCGGGCUAAGACGGAGCCCUACGAGGGUGUCAGUAUCCGCAACUUCUCGUCCAGCUGGGCGGAUGGUUUGGCAUUCUGCGCUCUAGUACACCGUUUUUUCCCAGAAGGCUUUGAGUACUGCACCCUUGACCCUUACGACCGCAAGGCCAACUUCGAGAAGGCUUUCAAGACUGCAGAAAAGCUGGGUGGCUGCCCUGCCCUGCUGGACGUGGAUGACCUGCUGCGGAUGAAGGAGCCCGACUGGAAGUGUGUGUACACUUACAUCCAGGAGUUCUACCGCUGCCUGGUGGAGAAGGGCCUGGUCAAGACCAAGAAGAAAACCCCGUAGAUGGACACUGCAUGGAGAGUAGCUGACCACUGGUGAAGGAGAGCAACGUGAGGAGAAAGAUAUUUUUCAUGAGAAUGCAUGCGAUCUUGACUGUGUCGAGUUUUAAAAAUAAAAUGCUUUUGAU